AUGGACGGGACGACACUUGAUGCUCGUCAAGUAGCUUUGGAUUGGUUUGCUCUGUUCUCGGACCACUUGACAGCAAAGAGAGCGGAUUCCGUAGCGCCACUUUUCUUACAAAAUGGUUGGCUAAAGGACUCUCUCGUCUUCGGUUGGGAUACUCGAGCUCUAGAAGGACCAGAGAAGAUUGCUCAUUACCUCCAUGAGGUGCUCCCUGGUACAAGAAUUGACGGUCUCGCCUUGUACGAACAGUCGGGAAUUCCACCAUCGACGUUUGGGGUUCCAGAAUCAACGGAGCCCGGCGUUGAGUUUGCAUUUAUUUUCAAGACGUUGUUAAUAAAGGGCCGAGGAAUAGCAAGACUCGUUCGGCAUAGAGAAACUUGGAAAGCUUUCUCAGUCUACCUUGAGGCAGACGAGAUUAUAGGCCACGAAGAGCUUGGCCAUGAGCUAGGGCUGUAUGGAGGACAUACGAUUGCUUGGGAAGAGGUUAUCGGAGAGCGGCGGGCAGCAAUUGAGAAAGACCCUCAGGUCCUUAUUGUCGGUGCGGGACAGUCGGGCCUUCAAACCGCCGCGCGAUUCCAACAGAUGAACAUUCGCACACUUGUGAUCGAUAAAACUGCUCGCGUUGGUGAUAGCUGGCGGAUGCGCUACCCGACAUUGACUUUACACACACCACGUACUCAUCAUCAUCUUCUUUACGCACCUUUUCCGAAAAAUUGGCCAAUAUUUGCUCCUCGUGAGAAAGUUGCCGCCUGGUUAGAACAAUAUGCAGAAUCUCUGGAUUUAGUCGUUUGGACAUCUUCCUCUCUGCUUCCUGGGCCAAUAUAUGAUGCAGUAACUGGUAGGUGGACUGUCCCGAUUGACAAGAAUGGACAAAAAGUCGUAAUCCAUCCCAAUCAUGUUGUUCUUGCGGCCGGUCUGCUCGGUGAACCAAUUAUGCCCCGCAUACCUUCUUCGGACCUUUUCAAAGGCGCGAUAAUUCACGCAUCGGCAUUUCAGGGUGGACAUCCAUUUACCGGGAAGCGUGUCCUCGUUGUUGGAGCCGGAAAUACUUCUGCGGAUAUCUGUCAAGAUCUGGUCGUUCGCGGUGCGAAGGAGGUGACGAUGCUACAGCGGUCGGAAACAGUUGUCAUCUCGUCUGCAUUGAAGCAAAAGGAAUGGGAUGCAGUAUUUCCAGAAGGAGUCCCUACCGACGUUAUCGAUUUCAAGAUUGCUGCUAUGCCUAUGGGUCAGCUCAGGAGAAUACUAGUAGCAACGAACAGGAAGUCAGCAGAGUUCGAUCGCGAGAUGCACGAAGGCCUCAAAGAGAAAGGGCUAAACGUUUCUGACGGACCUGACGGAGCUGGUAACAAGAUUCUGGUGUUCGAAAGAUCAGGAGGGAUUGACGUCGGAGCAGCAGACAUGAUCAUCAAUUGUAAAAUCAAGAUAAAAUCUGGUGUAGAAAUCGACCGUUUCAAGGAGAAUGGUGUUGUGUUUACCGAUGGUUCUGAUCUGGAAGCAGACUCGGUCAUUUUUGCUACCGGAUACCAAAAUAUUCGAACCACGAUGAGAAAGAUUUUCGGUGACGCCGUCAUUGACAAAACAUGCAAUGUUUGGGGUCUUGAUGAGGAAGGCGAGAUUAGAGGUUGCUUCCGUCGUUCCGGUUAUCCAAGACUUUGGUAUGCCGUUGGUGAUUUCUACUGUGGCCGUUACAUGUCUAAGCAACUGGGAAUCCUUAUCAAAUCUGAAGAGCUUGGCUUGACUGGUCUCAAGAGUCUUGCAUCGGUGCCGGCCGGUGAAGCGAACCAAGUAGGACGGGUGGGUGAAAGUGAAUAUCGUAGCCAUCUCUAA